UUUGUAGAUGGAUUUAAGUGAACAAGCAGCUAUUGCCCCAAGUAUGAGACGUUUUUCUGGAUUUUCCGCUGAUCCUUCUUCUCUUUUUCUAAUGAAACAACAAAAGCAACAAAUAAAUAAAGGAACUAAAAAUUUGGGUGAUAAUAGUGAAAAUGGGGGAGAAAUUGACGAUGUAAACUUUCUUUCUCGAUUUCUUUGUCCAGAAGAUGAAAUUCAAGAUGAGAAUAUUCCUUGGACAUGGGAUUCAUUAUUUGCAAGUGUAACAAGCGAAUUGAGAGAAGAAUGGGCAUUGGAAGAGGAAGCAGCAAAUAGUGGAGGGGGAGGUGUUAAUGAUCAAAUGCCUGGUGGGGGGAUACCUACAAAUAAUUUACAACAAAAGGGAUAUUAA